GGGGCUGGGGCGGGGCGAGGAGCCUGGCGCUGCCCGGGCCGACGCCCCCGCUCUCUCUCCAUCCCUCCCCUGUUGCCGCUGCUCUGGCUUCGCGUACGACGCCGGCGUCCCGCCAUGUCGGCCGCGAAGCACCGGGGCCCGAAGGGGGGCAGUCCGCCCGCCGCCGCUAGCGAGCGGGGCGCGCAGCCGGGCGGCGCCGAGGAAGCGACGACGAAGAAGCCACCGUCGUCGUCUCACGGCCGAGGCGGCAGGGCCGCCGCUGGAGGAGGAGGGGGUCGCUCCAGUGCCGGUUCCCGCGGCGGCUGGGCGCUGCUGCUGGGCGCCGCGGUGGGGCUGCUGCUCUGCGCCGUGCUACCUGCCGGCUGGUACGUGCUGCAGCUGCGGGAGGAGGUCGGGCGGAGCGCACAGGAGAGCGAGGCCUCCGUCCGGCAGCGACAGGAGCUGGCCGCCACCCUGGACGCCGUUGUGCAGAAGGUGCGUUCCCUUCAAGCCACAUUUGGAGAAUUUGAGUCUACGAUGAAAAUUACACAGCAGAAGCAAGAGGUUACUGAGAAGGCUGUGAAACAAGGAGAGAGUGAAAUAAACAGGAUAAGUGAAGUGCUUCAGAAGCUGCAAAAUGAAAUUUUGAAAGACUUGUCUGAUGGAAUCCACAUGGUGAAGGAUGCAAGGGAACGAGACUUCACAUCUCUGGAGAACACAGUGGAAGAGAGACUAACAGAGCUAACCAAGUCUAUAAACGAUAACAUUGCAGUAUUCACUGAAGUCCAGCAAAGGAGCCAAGAUGAAAUCCACAAUAUGAAAGCAAAGGUUGAUUCACUAGAAGAGGCAGAUGUAUAUAAACAUGAUAUUAAGAUGCUAAAAGAUUCUUUUGAUGAGAUGCAAGCCUCCAUGAAAGCCAAAGAAAAGGACAUAGAGACCUUGAAGAGUACAAUUGACUCCAUGGAGUCUGAUGUGUAUACUGAAGUGAAAGAGCUUGUCAACCUCAAACAAGAACAUGAGAAAUUCAAAGAGGCUGCAGAUACUGAACACGUUUCAUUAAAAGCUUUACAAGAGAAAGUUCUGAGAGCCGAGGAUUCUAUUAUACAGCUCCCAAAUGACAUUAAAAGACUGGAUGAAGAUUUACUGCAAGUUAAGGCUGACCUCAAUAAAUGGGAAGAAAAUGAACUCUUUAGAAAGGCAUUAGAAACUCUGGGUAAGAACGGUGAAGGACUGGACUCUCGACUGAGGCAUAUAGAAGACAGCCUAGAGUCUCUAACUUCUGUCGCUGCUCAAAACAGUGAAAAGUUGCAGUCUUUCUUUACUAAGGAGGCAGAAUAUGAGAAUAAGCUCAGUACCCUAGAACAAAGCAUUAUUGCUCUACAGGGAGUCUCAGAUCUGGAUGUAACUUCGGUCACAGACAUUCUGAAAAAUCUUGGUGAAUCACAGACCUCACUGUACAAUGAUGUGGAAAACUUGAGGAGAAGCAUCAGUGACCUGCCAUCCUCUGGUGCUCUUCAGGAUGUCCAGAAACAAAUUAGUAAUUUGUUGGAUCAAGGGACUCUUCAGACAGGUCAAGCACCUUCUCAAGGCUAUCUUGAAAAAUUUUCAUCUGUAGAAGGCUCUGUAGAUGAACUGAGAUCUUCUGUCAGUCAGGUUGAUUCUGAUUUGAAAAUGAUAAGAACUGCAGUGGAUAGUUUAGUCUCAUACUCGGUGAAGAUUGAAAAUAAUGAGAACAAUUUGGAGUCUGUGAAGAGUUCAAUAGAUGAUCUGAGGAAUGAUCUGGAAAGAUUGUUUGUGAAAGUAGAGAAAAUACAUGAAAAAGUUUAGGCAGCAGUGCUCCUUGUGCACUUAACAAUGGGUUGAGCUUUUGUAUGCCCAGUUUUUUAAUUCUUUUUAAAAACAAUUCAAUACCUCCAAAGAGAAUAAGAAUACUUUAAUAAUAGGGACAGUUCUGCUUAUUUCCUUUAUUUCUCUUUUGUGUAAUGUUUUUUUUGGGGGGGUUGUUUGUUUUUUAAAAAUUUCUGUUAAGAAAACAUGAGUUUAGUUGGGGGUUGAAUUUCUAAGGGCUCAUCUCUAUAAAGCUGUACAGCUGUAACUGUAGUGGUAUAACUAAGACACUACAGUGUCAUUAGCAUGGGCACAUGUUUAGUGGCUUGAAGGUGUUUCACUUUAUGACACUAAAUAUCCCACAUGGAAGGGCCAUAGCUGUUCUGGUGCCAGAAGCACACUGCUGUACACACUAAGAAUUUUACUGGUAGGUUUUGAGUUAAGAAACCAAUGCACAGAACUACACCCUGGUCUUAAACCUUUAGACUGGUAGACUUAUGUGUGGACCACAUUUGAGGCAACUUAGCCAUUUCUGCAGUUUGGAGCUUAGCCAUGUUUACCAGCUGUCAGCUGAGCUGUAGCAUACUUCUGUGAGUCCUUAGUCUGUACCAAGAAGCUAACAAGGGGCUACCUGACCCCAAGGAAGGGAAUGUUUUAAUUUAGUGGGAUUUCCUGGGGCUAACACCUGAGAGAGGUGUUCUGUCACAUGGCUGGAGAGAUUGAGUCUUGGCGAUCAGGGGCAUCUGCCAGAAUCUUGAGCUGAUGGGGCAGGAAGUUGAUGCUUAGAUUGGAAAUCUGAAGGAUGGGAUUAACUUCAAGGGGGUACAGCAAUAUUUUUGUCAUAUUCUUGGACUCUUUGUGUGAUUAGGUUGUAUCUUUCCUGGAAAGGCCUGAUUUGUCUGUGAUCCAGGCUUUUCCAUAAAAAAUACGAACUUGAAUGAGGAAAGAGAAGAAUCAAAAUUACAUCUUGUAUGUUCCAUGUAUAGCAAGCAUGUCAACAAUAAUAGUUCACUCCAAAGCACACAAAGGGGAAAAUCAGCAUGAAAUCAGCAGAAUUGCUUCUAAGACGUAGACAUUUCCAAGUUUUCACACAGCUGACAGUGACCUGGACUCUUGUUACAUAUUCAGGACUUGGUGCCUGAUCCUUGUCAACAUUCUUGUCACUGGGUGACUGCCUGGGACAUUGGUAGCAAAGGAUCCUUCUAGGAGCUGGCUGAGAGUGAGGGAAAGGUGUCAGAAUUCUUCAGAUGUUAUUUGAAAAAAACACUUUCUCAUGGAACUCGCUUGGUUUUCUGUGUGGGGUGGGUUCUUUUAUUUGGUUGGUUGGUUUGGCUUUUUUUUUUUCUUUUAGAAAGGAUUUCAAAUAUCCCUUCAAGUUUACUUUUGAACUUCCUCCAGAGAUUUGGGAAAUGAGUCUCCACAGAGAUACUUAGAAAAUAGAUUGUGAGCAUCAUGUUCAUCUCAGCCUGCAUUAGCCAAAUCUGUGGCUAUGUUAGAAGAAUUCCUAGAGACAGCAGAAGUAGUGUGGUUGCGGGAGCAGCACGGGUAAAAAGCUGUUCUGCCAGGUAAAUAAGAUACUGAACCAUAUCUAAUGUUACCACUGUAAACAGGAAAGAAUUGUUGGCAAAGGGUCCCCAUGACGUUAUGGUAACUGUUGUCACUGUUGGAACUGCACUGUCCUUUGUUGACUUCUCAAGUUCUUGAACAAUGUUGUUUAGGUUACUGUGAAAUGAACUGUAUGGCUUAUUUGCGGUAUUUUUAAUACAUAAUAAACAUUUGGAAUAUUCUUUGCA